UGGACUAGCUUCCGGUAUGUAGACCAAUCAAAAGCAGGCUUUUUUAAGGCUUGCAUUUCGGGAUGAUGGCAGACGAAGUUUUGUUCGAGCUGCUUCACAUGGAACUGGUCGCACAAAUACAUCGUUCAGCUACAAAAGACGAAAGGGACAACUGCAUUGCUAAGUUGGAAAGCAUUGGAUUUCGUGUGGGACAAAGUCUAAUAGAAAGGUUCACCAAAGAAUGCUCGAGAUUUAAAGAUGAAUUAGACACCAUGAAGUUUAUCUGCAAAGAUUUUUGGAAUUCUGUAUACAAAAAACAAAUCGACAACUUGCGAACCAACCACCAGGGUGUGUAUGUAUUGCAAGAUAAUAAGUUCCGGUUCUUAACUCAGAUGUCUAAUGGGAAACAGUACAUGGAAGCUGCACCCAAAUAUCUUGCAUUUUCAUGUGGAAUGAUAAGAGGUGCAUUGUCAAGCUUGGGCAUAAAUUGUAUUGUGACUGCUGAAGUCAGUGCGAUGCCUGCCUGUAAAUUUCAGAUCCAGAUUCAGAGGAUGUGAGACUGAAAUGGCUUGAACAGAGGAUGUUUUGUUUACCCAAUCACAUUGUAAAGACCCAGCAAACACCAAGGCCUGGAGUAUUAUUGGUGAAAAUUAGAGAUACAUUCCAGUUUGUCUGGACUGUUAUGGACUUCAUUGUAUAUCAUUUGAUAAUUCAUGUGUGUGUAUGCUGCAUAUGCAUAUUUAGAGCCAGCUUUAGUGUGCACUAUGUGUGCAAGAGAGAGUUUGGGGUAGAUGUGCUUAUCUAUUCUGGAUUUAUUUUAUUUGUGUGGUGAAUGAAAGACCAACAUGAAGCAUCUAGAAAUAAACAGUAACAAAAGGCA